AUGGGAACGACAAGUGAGGAGCUGGUGUCCGUGGAGCAGACCUCUUCGUCCUCCUUCAACCCUCUGUGUUUCGAAUGCGGCCAACAGCACUGGACACGAGAGAACCACCUGUACAAUUACCAGAACGAGGUGGACGACGACCUCGUCUGCCAUAUCUGCCUCCAGCCUCUGCUGCAGCCACUGGACACCCCCUGUGGACACACGUUCUGCUGCAAGUGCCUCCGAAACUUCUUACAGGAGAAGGAUUUCUGUCCGCUGGACCGGAAACGGCUGCACUUCAAGUCGUGUAAGAAGUCUAGUAUUCUGGUUCACAAGCUUCUGGACAAGUUGCUAGUGCUGUGUCCGUUUUCUUCAGCGUGCCAAGAUGUGAUGCAGCGCUGUGAUCUGGAGGCACACCUUAAAAACAGAUGUCCUGGAGCUGCUCAUCGGAGACUUGCCCUAGAGAGGAGGAAGACUGGUAGAACUCAGACAGAGACUGAGAGUGAGAACGGACCCACUACAGUAGGCCCUCCAGGUACUUUAUCCCCCGAGGCGGACUGCUCAGGGUCGGGCACGGCGCCUACCGAGCGGAACUGGAUGCCGGCGUCCCUUCCCGCGUGGACCGAGGAGCCUGGCCUGGACAACCCCGCCUUCGAGGAGAACGCGGCUGCUGACACUUUACAACAACCACUUAGUUUACCGGAAGGCGAAAUUACCACGAUUGAAAUUCACCGAUCUCAUCCUUAUAUUCAGUUAGGAAUGAGCAUUGUGGGUGGCAAUGAAACCCCGCUGAUUAACAUUGUCAUCCAGGAAGUCUACCGGGACGGGAUAAUCGCCAGAGACGGGAGACUCCUUGCUGGAGACCAGAUUCUUCAGGUCAACAACUGUAACAUCAGCAAUGUAUCCCACAACUAUGCCAGAGCCGUCCUCUCCCAGCCCUGCAGCACCCUGCAACUCACCGUGCUGCGAGAGAGGCGCUUCGGGAACCGAACACACAGCCACUCCGACGGUAGCUCUCCGCGGGAAGAGGUCUUCCCCGUGGUCCUUCACAAACGGGACUCUGGUGAGCAGCUCGGCAUUAAACUCGUACGAAGGACGGAUGAGCCAGGCGUGUUUAUUCUUGACCUGUUGGAGGGGGGGCUGGCCGCGCAGGACGGAAGGCUGAGCAGCAGCGACCGAGUGCUUGCCAUCAACGGACAUGACCUGAAGCACGGGACCCCCGAGCUUGCCGCCCAGAUCAUUCAGGCUAGUGGAGAGAGGGUGGAUUUAACAAUUGCUAGACCAGGGAAAUCCCAGCCUGGUAAUCCUGUCCGAGACGCAGGAGCUCAGAGUAGCAGCCAGCAUCAUGCACAGCCGCUGUACCACAACAGACCCAGCUCACAUAAGGAUCUUGCCCAGUGUGUUACAUGCCAAGAAAAACACAUCACUGUAAAGAAGGAACCCCACGAGUCCCUUGGGAUGACGGUAGCUGGAGGCAGAGGAAGUAAGAGUGGCGAACUGCCCAUCUUUGUGACCAGUGUGCCACCUCAUGGCUGCCUUGCACGUGAUGGCCGAAUCAAGAGAGGUGAUAUAUUGCUGAAUAUCAAUGGCAUUGAUCUGACCAAUCUAAGUCACAGUGAGGCUGUGGCCAUGCUGAAAGCCAGUGCCGCGUCCUCUGCUGUUGUCCUGAAAGCGCUUGAGGUCCAGGUUGUUGAGGAGGCAACCCAGACCACGGAAGAGCAGCUGAGCACCUUCAGCGAGAAUGAGUAUGAUGCCAAUUGGUCCCCGUCAUGGGUCAUGUGGCUUGGGCUUCCAAGCGCCCUUCACAGCUGCCAUGACAUAGUUUUACGAAGAAGCUACUUGGGAAGCUGGGGCUUUAGUAUCGUUGGUGGAUAUGAAGAGAACCACACCAACCAGCCUUUCUUCAUUAAAACCAUUGUCUUGGGAACUCCUGCUUAUUAUGAUGGAAGAUUAAAAUGUGGAGAUAUGAUCGUGGCGGUCAACGGCCUGUCGACUGUGGGCAUGAGCCAUUCUGCGCUAGUUCCCAUGUUGAAGGAGCAGAGGAACAAAGUCACUCUGACAGUUAUCUGCUGGCCUGGCAGCCUGGUGUAG